GUAUUACAAAAGACAAGUGGAUCUCGAUUCAACGACUCAUGCGCGCACCGGAGACAGGCAUUUGUCGUUGUUGUCAGUUUCUGUGCGGGCUAGUCAAACUGAACUGAACUGAAUUAUUUCCAAUGUCGAGUAACAAGACAGAGCUGACGUUGCCGACCCUAGCUGGCGUGCGAGAGGCACGAGAACGCAACGCAGGGCAUGUCGUGAGGACACCUCUGGUGCGUGUUCCGGCGUGGAGCCGCAGUAGCACUGCCGAGCAUGUUGAGAACUUGGCUGCGGACGUUCGGGGCGACGGAAAGCCGCUAGAAAUCUAUCUGAAGCUAGAGAACCUGCAACAUACUGGUUGUUUCAAGGCGCGGGCGGCGUUCAACGCCUUGCUCUCCGCCGACAGUGAAACCUGUCGCAGGCACGGUGUCAUAACGGCAAGCACGGGAAAUUUUGGACAGGCUCUGGCCUGGUGUGCGCAGCAAGUCGGUAUCCCGUGCACUAUCGUCGUGUCGAACAGAUCGGCCGAGGCGAAGGUCGCCAAGAUCCGGCAGCACGGCGCCAGCGUGAUACGCGUCACGUACGACCAGUGGUGGGAAAUGGUGAGCAAUCGCCGCUUCCCGGGACAUGAGGAGAAGCUCUUCAUGCAUCCGUCCUUCGACCUGGCAAACAUGGAGGGAAACGGCACCAUAGCGCUGGAAAUCUUGGAGGACUUGCCCGAAGUGGAUGCGGUACUGGCGCCGUUCGGCGGCGGCGGAAUAUGCACGGCCAUCGGUGCCGUCAUGAAGGAGCUGCGGCCCGAGUGCAAAGUCUACCCCGUCGAGUUGGAAACUGCGCGACAGGUGCACGCGGCGUACGAGGCGGGACGGCCGGUCGAUUGCGACCUGACGCCGUCAUUCAUUGACUGCAUGGGCGGCCGCGCCGUCCUGCCGGAGAUCUGGCCUCUAGCCCAGGCCGUUUCCGAGCGGCCGCUCACGGUGUCGCUGAACGAUGCGGUGCGGGGCAUGCAGACCGUUGCACUAGCCACUAACUCCAUUGCUGAGGGUGCUGCUGGGGCCACAGCGGCCGCUGCACUUAAGGGACUGGCCGGUGCUGGCGGCGGAAAGGUCGUCGCCAUUGUCAGCGGGGGCAACAUCAACCUUGAAGACCUGGCGCUGGCCCUGCAUGGACAAGUGCCUCCCGUUCGCACGGCUGAAUGUGGUGAGUCUUGAAGCUUGGCCCGACACUCAUGCUGGUUCUGUAUAUGCGCACGCCCGGCGGCGAUUGUUACGUUGCCGCCUCACAUGCAAGUACAGUUCUCCCGCUAAUCUCCACUGAACAGCACACACCCGAGCAGAAGCGGCGGCCGAGCAUUUAGUCGGCGCGGUGUGGGAUGCGAGGGGAUUCCCCUAUCAGCGUUCCUGGUAGCGUCCCAGCGAACUCGCCCAUGGUUACGGCAGUCUGCUGUACAUGGGCCUACACUCCGUCUACAAGUUGUUUCUGGCAUGGGAUGUGUUUUUCAGUUUUUCAGCAUAUACUUUGCACGCUGCAGUUACGCUCGGUGAAAUUCUCUUCGAUUGUUAAAGGAUUGCUUUCAAGUUUGUUAAAGGGGAAGUCCGGUGAAAAAUUUAAA